CUGCUGGUAAACAGUACGGACCUCGUGUUGGGUUUGGAAGCAGCAGGUUAGCGGAGCUCUGUGGUACGGGGAACCCGGAGCUGAUAAGCGGAGGUAGGAGGCACUGUCCUUGGGGAGGUGUACUGGUGACCGAUCAUGGCUGCCGAUGCCAUCAAGGUGAUGCGAGGGCUGGCCAAGCUCAGCAAGGCCAUACUGGAGGUGCAGACGGGACAGCUGCGCCAGGCGGUGGUUGGCGGAGAUGCCCCUGCCUUCGCCAAGAGUUGGCAGGUGGCGGUGGAGGAACGUUUCAGCGCGGCUAUGGGAAAGAUGCAGGAACUUGGCAAGCAGCAGGAGAACAUCGCUGGGCACGAUGUUACUAUGGAGUACAACUUUCCGGGGCCGGCCUCGGAGAUCGCCGGCAUGGAGUAUUCCCCGUCUUCCAGCCAAAGCCGCGAUGUCUACCAAACGGAAGCGGAAUCAGGGAUCCGGAAUACAGACAGCACCCAGGGCCAAGCGGACUAUUCCUUCCGACCCGACCGGUCGUCCCGGGUGGAAAGCGGGGCUUUAUUUGGAAGCGUUAAGGGCAGCGCUGGUGCUUUCGGAGCUUCAGGCCAAAGAAGGACCUUCCACCAGGACCACUCGUCGGUGACCGGGCUGACGGCAGAGGACAUCGAGAAAGCCAGGGAGGCCAAGAAUAACCCCGAGCACAAACCUCACAAGCAGGUGCUCAGCGAACGUGCGCGCGAGAGGAAAGUCCCCGUGACACGGAUCGGAAGACUGGCCAACUUCGGAGGUCUGGCUGUUGGUCUGGGGAUCGGCGCGUUGGCCGAAGUUGCGAAGAAAAGCCUGAGCCUAAAGUCGGAGAACGCGGAUGGUAAGAAAUCCGUUAUGGACUCCAGCCCCUUCCUGUCGGAAGCGAACGCAGAGAGGAUAGUGAGGACUCUGUGCAAGGUCCGGGGGGCCGCUCUGAAACUGGGCCAGAUGCUGAGCAUUCAAGACGACGCGUUCAUCAACCCGCAGCUGCAGAAGGUGUUUGAGCGAGUGCGUCAGAGCGCGGACUUCAUGCCCAUAAAGCAGAUGAUGAAAACGUUAAAUGCGGAUCUGGGCCCCAACUGGAGGGAGAAGCUGGAGUUCUUCGAGGAGCGGCCGUUUGCCGCGGCGUCCAUCGGCCAGGUCCACCUGGCCCGGCUCAAAGACGGCAGAGAGGUGGCCAUGAAGAUCCAGUAUCCCGGGGUAGCUCAGAGCAUCAACAGCGACGUCAACAACCUCAUGACGGUUCUGAAUAUGAGCAACGCUCUUCCUGAAGGUCUGUUUCCCGAGCAUCUGAUUGAAGUCCUGAGCAGGGAGCUGGCCCUGGAGUGCGACUACAAGCGGGAAGCCGCGUGCGCUAAAAGAUUCAAGGAGCUGCUGAACGACCACCCGUUCUUCUACGUCCCGGCCGUGGUGGACGAGCUGUGCAGCGAGCACGUCCUCACCACCGAGCUGGUCUCCGGCUUCCCUCUGGAUCAGGCCGAGGAUCUCAACCAGGAAACGCGCAACGAGAUCUGCUCCAACAUCCUCCUCUUGUGUCUACGGGAAUUGUUCGAGUUCCGCUUCAUGCAGACCGACCCCAACUGGUCCAACUUCUUCUAUGACCCCCAGCUGAAGAAGGUGGCCUUAUUGGACUUCGGAGCAACGAGAGGCUUUGAUGAGCAGUUCACAGACCUGUAUAUAGAGAUAAUCAAGGCGGCCGCUGACAAAGACAGAGAGACGCUCUUAAGGAAGUCCGUGGAGAUGAAGUUUCUCACCGGCUAUGAAUCCAAGACGAUGGAGAACGCCCACUUGGAUGCCGUUUUGAUCCUGGGCGAGGCUUUCUGUUCCGACACGCCGUUUGACUUUGGCUCUCAGAGCACCACCGAGCGGAUCCACCGGCUGAUCCCGGUCAUGUUAAAGCACCGGCUCAUCCCGCCGCCAGAGGAAACCUAUUCCCUGCACCGCAAGAUGGGGGGGUCCUUCCUGAUCUGCUCCAAGCUGAAGGCGAGCAUCCCCUGCAAGGACAUGUUCGAGGAGACCUACAGGAAUUACUGGAGCGGAAGGGAGGACAAAAGAAAAUAAGCGGUCGGAUGGCUGCCGGUCGUACUCCCUCCUGUCCACAAAUCCUAAAGAAAAGGUGUUUUUAAAAACUCUGCGGAAGGAAGCGCGAGCCUCGCUGGUGAAGAAAAUACCCCUUUUUUUUCUGGUUUGUUACCCCCCUCCCCCCAAGUGACUUUUCUUUCCGCUGGAGGGCUAAACGGACAGGACUGUAAAUCGUAAGUGAAACCCGGGGGUCCUUGGAAGUUCUGAAGACUGUAAAACUGGUUGAAAUCCGUACAAAUCAGGAAAAAUUGAAUCUUCCAUAAGGAAAUAGGAUUGUACCGGAGAGAUGGAAGCUCUAGAAAUUAUUUCCUCGUAAGCUGCUGCCGCCGCGAUGUAAUCUUGCUUCAUGUGCCCCGUUUUUUUUUUUCCCCCCCGUUUUCUCCCCUCGUUUUCUUGCUAUUACGUAAAAUGGAAUGCUUUUUUGUACUGUGAAACGGAAUUUGUAAUGAAUUACCAGACUAAUGGCGGCGGGUCCUAGAAUAAAGUGCGUAAUAAACAAUUAAGAGAU